GUUUUGUGGCGUAAUUUUACUUGUUUUAUGUUUUUGUUUUUAAGCUGAAUAAUCAAACUAAAUACAAUUAAACUAUGUCUACCUCUAAUGAAAAUGGUGCAGUAGAGCUAGCUGUAACUUCACAACCAGAUGUAAAAAAGAUAUCAGUUGACUCAAGAACUGAUCCAGAUGGAGUUGCCCCAUCACAGCCAGAUGAAGGAGAAACAACUGGAGGUCAGGUCCAAAGAGACACAUCAUUGAAAACAAAGUCAGUUUUAAAACAAGGUCACCUCAGAGUUAAAGAAGAUGGACAGAAAGUUUAUAAAAAGACACCAAGUCAAGCUAUUAUGGCUGCAACCCAGCUUGGUAUUGGCUUUUCAGUUGGUCGCCUAAGUGCAAAACCAGAAAGAGAUGUACUAAUGGUAGAUUUUUACUAUGUUGAAAAAGUAUGGUUUCCAAGUUCUGGUUCUAAAGAAACUCCAUCACAUAAAUAUACAGACUUCAGAUUUAAGUCAUAUGCACCUGUAGCAUUUCGAUUUUUUCGAGAUAUAUUCAAAAUACAGCCUAGUGAUUUUCUUAUAUCUCUUGCAAAUGAACCUAUUAAGGAAAUCUCCAACCCUGGUGCGAGUGGGUCACUGUUUUUUGUUUCAAAUGAUGACAUGUUUAUUGUUAAAACUGUUCAACACAAAGAAGCUACUUUUUUGCAGCAACUACUGCCUGGUUAUUAUAUGAAUUUGCAUCAAAAUCCACGUACUCUUCUACCAAAGUUUUUUGGUUUAUAUUGCUAUCAGGCUGGUACAUCAAACAUUCGAUUGACUGUCAUGAACAAUUUGUUACCUUCUAAAUAUAAAUGUCAUAUGAAAUUUGAUUUAAAGGGAUCAACAUAUAAACGAAAAGCAAAUAAGUCUGAACGAUCGAAGAAGAGUCCUACUUACAAAGAUUUAGAUUUCAUUAAUAUGUUUCCUACUGGUAUUUUGCUGGAUUCUGAAACUUAUGAUGCAGUCAUUAAAACUAUUAGUCGAGACGUUAGGGUUUUAGAAAGUUUCAAUAUAAUGGAUUAUAGCUUUCUGCUUGGUAUUCACAACAUUGAUGAAUCUGAAAGAGAAAAACAAGAGAAUAUGGUCAGUCCUUCAUUAAGUGGAACUGACUCCAAUCCAGAACGAGAAGCUAGAAGAAACGAAUUUGUUGCUGCAUUAGAAGCUAUUCAAAUAAGCAAAGAUGCAGAGGAAGAUGAUGGACGCCCACAUGGUGGUGUUUUAGCAAAGAACGAUAAAGGAGAGCGACUUAUUUUGUUUAUGGGUAUUAUUGACAUUCUACAGAGUUAUAGACUUGCUAAGAAGAUGGAGCAUGGUUGGAAAUCUCUUUUAACAGAUGGGGAUACUGUAUCUGUUCACAAACCAUCAUAUUAUGCAAAGCGGUUUUUAGAUUUUAUUAAAGACACUGUGUUUACCCGUGUUGCAGUUCAACGAGGACAAUCAAAACGAAGAUCAGUCAAAGUACCACCUUCUAUGCAAAUCACACCAAAAGCUGAAGGAGCAGUUUCAAGUUACAACAGUGAAAAGACAACUGAAGAAGACAACAAGGAGAAAAGCAAGGGCAAAGUAGUUACAAUAGUUGAACCAGGAGAGAAAGUUAACUUGAAGAUUAAUCCAACCGAAAAUGAUAAAUCGAAAACAGAUUCUGAAAGAGACAAUAAUAAGGAAGUAUCUCAUACAAAUGUUACAAUUGAAAUAUCAAGCAAAGAAAGCGACGCAGUACAUGUUGAGCACUUACAAUAUGUGACAAAGGAAAGGCACGAUGAAAAAGUUGUCAUAUUACCGAUUGAAUCUUCCAGUGUUAAGGAUAGCCAGCUUUAACUUGCUGCGUACCAAAUAACCAAACAUCAAUGAUGAUUCUGAUAUUCUCAGAUAAUUUCUGCUUAUAUAAUUGUUUUUUUAAAGUCAUAAUGGAAUGUGGCUAGCAAGGAGCAUAGUCGUAAAUCCACUUUUGGUUGUGGGCAAUAAAUUAUUUUUUAACCAUAAAUUUCAGAUAUUAUCUACAUAUUUAUCAACUUGUUGCCUUUACACUUUUUGUUAUCAUGUUGUAUAUUUGUUGCAAAUUAAACAAACAUACGAAAAAAAACUUAUGCUGCUUAGUUUAACAAAUUUUGCAUUAAAAUUACCCUCAAACGAUUUGGUUAACUUAGUCUCUUUUAUCUGUUGCUACUGUUAUAGUAUUUUUACACUACAAAGAAAUAUGGGGUAUGGAAGGACUUUUCUUCGAAAAAACUUCUGUUUUUACUGUUGCUAUAAUAAAAUUUUUAAGAGUUAAAUUAUAUUUUACAAUGGUAUAUGUUAACUGGAUUUUUUUUUGUGAGAAUUUUACUACCUGGUCUUAGUGAACAGCACAAAUUUAAGGACCUUUUUACAAAAUUUUUUACUGAAACUUAGAUUCUGCCACAGCAUCUACAUUGAGUUUAUUCUGAUUACUCUAGUUUUAAUUUAUUCUAAAGAUAUUUAUACAAAUCAUUCUAGUACAAACGGAACGGUGAUGCCUUUCCAUAUCUCUAGUACAUAUUUAUGUUGGUUGGUCAGGCAUGUAAUCAAUAAUUCAAGUAAGGCGAUCUUUCAGGAUGAACAAAACACCAUGUUUUCUUACAUAGAAGCAAGUCAUUUUAGUUUUUUUUGAUAAAAUAUUUUUUAUUUUUUCAAGUAUAUUCUGUAGUAACUAAAGGAAAGCAACUCAUGCAGAUAUAUGGUGUAUAUAAUAAACAAAUGAUAAAACUUUCCUGCACACGAACAAAAUUGUAUAACUGUCAAUCUUGUUUGAGUAUUGUAAUUAUUUGGGAUCAUUUGUUAAUGUGAAUAAAUCAUUCAACUUUUGUA